AUGGAAAAAAAUGCAGAAACUAUUGAUUUCCCUACUCAUCAUACCGAGGAAAAUACAGAGGAGAAAUCGCAUUCAUGUGAUUCACAUGGGGAAUUACUCACAAGAAAAGAUUUUAUUCAGCAUCAGUCAAUUCACUCAGUCGCAAAGCUGUAUAACUGUGAAGUUUGUGGAAAGAUGUUUACAAGCAGAACUUUGUUAACUAGCCACAAAGAUAUCCACACUAGAGAAAGAUUAUACCAAUGUUAUAUCUGUGAUGAAAAGUUUUCAACAAAGGACAAUUUGUCAUCUCACACAUGUAUUCAAACAGCAGAAAGACCAUACUGUUGUGAUAUCUGUGGUAAAACCUUUUCUGGAAGUGGUCAGUUGUCUUCUCAUAAAUAUGUUCAUUCAAAGGAGAGACCAUACCAUUGUGAUACCUGUGGUCAAACAUUUUCUGGUAGUGGUCAUUUGAUUAACCACAAACGCAUCCACACUGAAGAAAGGCCAUACAACUGUGAUAUUUGUGGUAAAACAUUUUCAAGAAUUAGUGAAUUAUCUUCCCACAAACGUAUUCACUUGGGUGAAAGACAAUAUCACUGUCAUAUCUGUGAUAAAAUAUUUUCUAAAAGAACUGAUUUGUCUUCUCAUAAACAUACACACUCAGGAGGACGAAUAUACCACUGUGAUAUCUGUGAUACAACAUUCUCUCGAAGUGGAAAUUUAUCUCGACAUCAGCGCAUUCAUACAGGAGAGAAGCCAUACCAGUGUGAUAUUUGUAAGAAAAAAUUUACUUCAAAUGGUAAUUUGUCUGCCCACAAACGUACUCACACUGGCGAAAGGCCCUACCGCUGUGAUAUCUGUGGUAAAACAUUCUCUCGAAAAAAUACAGAAGAGAAAUCGCAUUCAUGUGAUUCACACGGGGAAUUACUCACAAGAAAGGAUUUAAUUCAGCAUCAGUCAAUUCACUCAGUCGCAAAGCUGUAUAACUGUGAAGUUUGUGGAAAGAUGUUUACAAGCAGAACUUUGUUAACUAGCCACAAAGAUAUCCACACUGGAGAAAAAUUAUACCAAUGUUAUAUCUGUGAUGAAAAGUUUUCAACAAAGGACAAUUUGUCAUCUCACACAUGUAUUCAAACAGCAGAAAGACCAUACUGUUGUGAUAUCUGUGGUAAAACCUUUUCUGUAAGUGGUCAGUUGUCUUCUCAUAAAUAUAUUCAUUCAAAGGAGAGACCAUACCAUUGUGAUACCUGUGGUCAAACAUUUUCUAGUAGUGGUCAUUUGAUUAACCACAAACGCAUCCACACUGAAGAAAGGCCAUACAACUGUGAUAUUUGUGGUAAAACAUUUUCAAGAAUUAGUGAAUUAUCUUCCCACAAACGUAUUCACUUGGGUGAAAGACAAUAUCGCUGUCAUAUCUGUGAUAAAAUAUUUUCUAAAAGAACUGAUUUGUCUUCUCAUAAACAUACACACUUAGGAGGACGAAUAUACCACUGUGAUAUCUGUGACACAACAUUCUCUCAAAGUGGAAAACAGUAUUUCAUUCAACACGAAUGUAUUCUUACAGAAGUGAAAUCCCAUUCAUCAGAUUCAUGUGGGGAAUUAUUCACAAGAAAGGAUUUAAUUCAGCAUCAGUCAGUUCACUCAGUCUCAAAGCUGUAUAACUGUGAAGUUUGUGGAAAGACAUUUACAAGCAGUACUUUGUUAACUAGCCACAAAGAUAUCCACACUGGAGAAAAAUUAUACCAAUGUUAUAUGUGUGAUGAAAAGUUUUCAACAAAGGACAAUUUGUCAUCUCACACAUGUAUUCAAACAGCAGAAAGACCAUACCGCUGUGAUAUCUGUGGUAAAACAUUUUGUAGAAGUGGUCAAUUGUCUUCUCAUAAAUAUAUUCAUUCAAGGGAGAGACCAUACCAUUGUGAUAUCUGUGGUCAGACAUUUUCUAGUAGUGGUCAUUUGAUUAACCACAAACACAUCCACACUAAAGAAAAGCCAUACAAGUGUGAUAUUUGUGGUAAAACAUUUUCUGGAGUUAGUGAAUUAUCUUCCCAUAAACGUAUUCACUUGGGUGAAAGACAAUAUCGCUGUCAUAUCUGUGAUAAAAUAUUUUCUAAAAGAACUGAUUUGUCUUCUCAUAAGCAUACUCACUCAGGAGGACGAAUAUACCACUGUGAUAUCUGUGACACAACAUUCUCUCAAAGUGGAACUCGACACAAAUGUAUUCGUACAGAAGAGAAAGCAUACCACUGUGAUAUCUGUGAUGAAACAUUUUCGACUAGGGGUCGUUUAUCGUCCCACAUACGUAUUCAUACAGGAGAAAGACCAUAA